CUAUGUGUCAUGCUUGAAAGUGGAAUGCUAUUCCAACGGGGCAAAAGCUUAGGCUAGCCAGCCAAGUUGUGCAUGGUUAACGUGCUAGGUUUUGGCCAUUGCAAUUUGUUCUUUUAAUUUACAUGGUAUUUUCAACAAUAAAUAAAAGAAACUCAAAACUGAUCAGCAAACAGGUCCACAGAGGAGCAUUGCAACUUAAACGUUUUCAGCUUUGAUGCAGUACAGUCCAAGAUGACGGAAGAGGUGAUUGUCAUCGCCAAGUUUGACUACAUGGCCCAGCAGGAUCAGGAGCUGGACAUCAAAAAGAAUGAGCGCUUGUGGCUCCUGGACGACUCCAAGUCUUGGUGGAGGGUCCGCAACGCCACUAACAAGACUGGCUUCGUGCCCUCCAACUAUGUGGAGAGAAAGAACAGCGCCAGAAAGGCCUCCAUCGUCAAGAACCUCAAAGACACACUCGGGAUCGGAAAGGUAAAGCGGAAAGGUGGGAUGCGUGACACGGCCUCCAACGCCGACUCAGACAUGUAUGACAAUGGCGAGCGCCUGUACGACCUCAACCUCCCAGCGCUGGUCAAGUUCAACUACACAGCAGAACGCGAGGACGAGCUGUCUCUGGUCAAGGGCACACGCGUGGUGGUGAUGGAGAAGUGCAGCGACGGCUGGUGGCGGGGAAACUAUAGUGGGCACUCGGGCUGGUUCCCCUCCAACUAUGUGACGGAGGACGCGGACGGGACGGCUGGCGGAGGUGUGGGCGGGCUGGGCGACCCCACAGGUUCAUUAACAGAGAAGCUAGGGGCGGUUGUUAGCAGCGCGGCUAACGGCAACCGUGUACUCCACGCAGUGCAAGCACUCUACCCCUUCAGUUCGGGCAACGACGAGGAGCUAAAUUUUGAGAAGGGCGAGGUAAUGGAGGUGAUGGAGAAACCAGAGAAUGACCCAGAGUGGUGGAAGUGCCGCAAGUCAGAUGGCCAGCUAGGCCUAGUACCCAAGAACUACGUCACCGUGCUCCAGGAUUCCACUACCCACAAUCCCUCCUCGCCAGGCCCCAUAGGGCCCCCCACGCCCGACUGCGACUACAUCUCACCCUCGGCCAGUGGGCGCUUUGCGGGGAAGCAGUGGUACUACGGCAAGGUGACCCGCCACCAGGCGGAGGUGGCACUAAACCAGAGAGGCACAGAAGGGGACUUCCUCAUCCGAGACAGCGAGUCAUCACCCAACGACUUCUCCAUCUCCCUGAAGGCACAGGGGAAGAACAAGCAUUUCAAGGUGCAGCUGAAGGACAGCCUGUAUUGCAUUGGACAGCGCAAGUUCAGCUCCAUGGAGGAAUUAGUGGAACACUAUAAAAAGGCACCCAUCUUUACCAGCGAGCAGGGAGACAAACUGUACCUGAUAAAGGCCCUGGCUUCAUCCUGAUCACACACUUUGUCUCACACACACAUUUUCUCAUCUUACACAAGUGAAAAACACAUGCACACACGCAAACAGACAAGACACAAUCUCUCACACACACAGAAACAAACACACACUAACGUACAAACUCGAAAAGCCUGGAGACUUUUACUCACCUUCAGGACUUAUUUGCUGGAGAAUUGUGAGCAUUCCAAGAAGAGAAGGGUAGAAUUAACGGAUAACCGAGACAGAUGAGAAGCAUGGACAGUGAGAAAAGGAUUGUUGACUUCCCAGCGUGUGAACUAUACAGGUCUCUUGGUCUUACAUUGGAAAGUAUCCAGCUGUGUUUAGAUAAUAGGCCAUAUAUUUCCACCAUGACAUCUACAAAUACGGUCUGCAUUUAUUUUCUUUUUUUGUUAAUAUAUGUAUAUUAUUUUCAACAGUUUCCUUUUAAUAAUGUGAUUAUGCUUUUAACUAGACCCAAUGACAACAUCGUUUGAUAACUCUUUUGGCCAUGGGACAUUGUGAAUUCAGAAUAUAGCCUGGAGUUACACAUUUCAAACGUCCAUGUUGUCUGUCUUAACUUUAGUCCUACAACUGCUACAUUGCAUGGGCAAUAAUGGUCAGACAUUUCAUCUGCUCAACCUGAUUAAAAAUAAUUAAGUGACCAAAUAUAUUUAUUGCUAGGAUUUCAUUUCCCAUUUAUUAAGAAUGAUGAGAUUGAUAUGUAGAAAUAUCAGGCUGUGUGUGCUGGAUAAUUAGCAUUUAAUAAGAUGAGAAAAUGUUACUUGAUAUCUGUAGUGGGAUUGGAGUACAUUUAAUAAAUGAUUGCAGUUAGGGCAUGGCUAUACCCACAGUGUCUCAGCUGGUCACUUGAAUGUCACUGGGUGAAUGGGGUGCUUUCGUCUCUCAUUGGUGUGAGUGUGCUUGUGUAUGUCAUGUGAAUUCCUGAUACUGUCAAUCUCGCAAGUGGUAGCUGUGAUUGACAGCCUUCAGGGGGAGAAACACUCGAGGAUGUGAGUGAAAAGGCAUUGAUGUUCAGUCUUUGCCAACCCCCCAGGGACUGUGUCUUUUCUUUACAGAAAUACCACAGAGAAGUGGAACACAACUGCCAUGUCUCAGAGGAGCGAGCUAGGCUAGGGCCUGUCUAGGCAGUGCUCAGAAUUGACGUCAGACCCACUGGAGGGAAGGAGGGAGGAAAGAGGGGUGUAGGGUCAUGAUGUGAUCAUUUGUGUUUGUGCUUUGUACCCUCAUCAAGAAAAUACCCUCUUCCUCCCACUCCCACACAAAUAGAAAUCUCAGUUUUCACAAAAGUUGUGGUGUUCUUAGGUGUUCAUGGAUUAAGAUAAAGGAGUAUUAAGUUAGUAUUGAUCGCAAGCGAAUAGCAUCCAAACUAUGAUAGCAACACGAUUCCCUCCUGUUUAUUCAAAUCCAAGUGGUGCAUUUCAACUUAACUUGGAUCUGGGGUUGGAUAGUAUAUUUCCUACAUAAGAAGAUGGGAACAUGCUUUCAUGACUAUCACUCUAAAGUGAAUCUGCACAGUGAGAAAGAGACUGAAAGUAGAAGGAAAAGGAUCUGGUAGGCUGCGGAAAAGUAGACCAAGCAGUAUUAGAGCAGAGUUGGUAUGAGAUCUGUUAUGGCCAGCAGCCAGCCACUGCUCUGCUCGGUACCAAGGGCUGAUUGCACUGGAGUAAUGACUUUCCCAGCUUUGGUGAGUUGGACUACAGGUUAGAACCAGGAAUGGGGAUUUACUAUUCCUGGUUCUCCCUCCGAAAUUGAGAGAAACGGUAUGGAGGGAGGAUAGCUGAUGGUAUGGACUUCAAUAAUCUCAAAUAUCCUUUCUAUCACUAGCAAGGAAGAUGUUAAACACAAUGAUCAAGUGUUGUAGCCGAGGGGAACACAUUUUUUAUUUUGAGAGGGAGGUUUUGGUUGCAGACCAGAGGAUAUUUUACAAUGUGGAGUAAUGGAAGAUUAAUGUACUCACAACUCAGGUUGAAGAUCAAUGUUCAGCAUGGGUCUAUUUCACACGAAAUAGAACAUUGUUUUUGCCAAUUAUAUCCAUCUACACUCUUAUACAGCCAAUUUGUAAAGUCAAGAUUCCUUAAUUAUACUUUACAGAAUUAUAUUCUGUAUUUAAAAUAUUGUAACAUGUGCCUUUAACGCUGACUGUCAAUACCAAAGGUUAUUGUAUCCUUAGUGCCACCCUCAAUGGUAGUUAUUCGCCCCUAACUUGUUGUACCGCUUUGUUAUUUGAAUAUAGCUUUGCAUGUGCGUCAACAGACUCACGUUGAGCUGUGUGUCCGGGGUGAUAUCCUCAAAUCCCUGGCUUCUCUAAACGUCCUUAUUGAGAUUUGGGUUUCUAUUAUCAACUGUCUUGAUGCUUUCAAAGCGUGAGUGCGUGUUUUUGAUUUGUUUCUUGGAAAAUAAUAGACGCUAAUGUGUUUCAAGUGACCUUACUAUGCCGGUUCCAUUUAAUAUAACUUAAAAAGAAGAAGUGAUUAAUAGUGGAAUGCCUAAAUGUGUAUUUGUAUAAGAUAUCCUUUUAUGCUUUGGUGCACAGUACAGAUUAGUAUUCCAACUAUAAUUUUUUAAGCACCUGGGUUGUGAACAUUCAUUGAUAUGAGAAAAUGUUUUGUUGUGACAAAAUGCUUAGGCAAUUCUAUGACAGAAAAAUGAUAAACUGUAAUGUCUAUACCCUCCUCCUGUCAUUUGUACAACUGUAUUUGGUAUUUCAAUAACUGUAACUAAUUCACUUCAAUGAAUGCCCACCUAUGUGAAAUAUUAUUCAACUACACAAAUGUUUAAAAUUGUCAUAAUACAACUCUCUCCCUCAUUGUUUUUGUGUACUCUCUUGAAUAAGACAUUUCCUUCCAUGCACACCUCUGAAGGCUGCAUGAGCAGAGCCACACUGCUUUAAAGAAACAGUUUGAGAAUUGCUUACAAAGUCAUGAUGUCAAUUGCUAACAAAUGUCAUUAGGGGAUAACCAAUAUUAUCUCCUGGAUGUAUGGGUUUGACAUGAUCAUAGGAGCCUACGGUGGAUCUCUUUCUUUUGGUUCAUUCAAUGUAUGCUUUAACUGAAACCUGACUUAAAAUGAUUCCCUCGUGAUAUUCACAGCAAAUUAUCCUUGAGAACUUGGUGUUUAUGUGCUGCUGCCAUGUUUGUCUACUCUUGUUAGUUCUUUCUGUAAGACAAAUCAUUCUAUGUGCGGAAGAAUGUGGAUGUGUGUGUGGAUGUGUGUGAGAGAUGGGUGAUGAUGCAGGGAGUGGGAUGAUAAAGGCUGAGCUGUGAAAAUUGUGUUCAUAUUCGUAACAGUGUUUUAUGGAACAAACAUUUUCUUCAUAUGUAAUAUUUUUGAAGAGUUUAUUAGGCUGUUCAAAGGAAGUAAUAAAUCACUUAAACUGUC